CACUCUUAUUUACUAGUAAUAAAAAAAUAACAAUAACAACAUAUGGCUUCGUUAUGGCGCGCAGGGACCAAGCUAACUCUCCUAGCAUCCGCCCUCGGCGGCGGUAGCGCAGCGGCCCUCAUUGCCACCUCCGAUGAUCCUGCCACAGCGCUCAAGCUCUCCACAACCAUCCCUCGUCGCCUCUUUGACGACGCCGUCGCUGCCGCCAACAUUGUCUUCGAUUAUGAAUAUUCACUAUUCGGAAUCCCGGAAGGGAGUAAUAAGAGGGAGAAAAUCAAGCACGAAGUUCACCUCCGUUCGGCACAAAAGCUUCGAGACCUAUGUUUUAAGAAUGGAGGGAUUUAUAUAAAGCUUGGACAACAUCUUGGGCAACUGGAAUAUUUAGUUCCUCAAGAGUAUGUUCAGACCAUGAGGGAGUCCAUGCUAAAUAAAUGUCCGGUUUCUUCGUAUGAACAAAUAUGUGAUGUAUUCAAGAAAGAGUUUGGAGAGACACCAGAUAAAGUAUUUGCCGAGUUUGAUCCAGUUCCAAUAGCAAGUGCUUCCCUUGCUCAAGUUCACGUAGCCCGCACACAUGAUGGCCAAAAAGUUGCUGUGAAGGUCCAACAUCCUCACACGACUGAAACUGCGGCUGCUGAUCAAGCCACUGUGGAAUUGAUUGUGAACACUCUGCAUAAUUUUUUUCCUAGUUUUGAUUAUAGGUGGUUGAUUGAUGAGAUUAAAGAGAGUUUACCCCAGGAAUUGGACUUUUUAACCGAGGCAAAGAACAGUGAAAAGUGUUUGGCAAACUUCCGCAACUUGUCUCCUCAUAUUGCAAGUUAUGUAUAUGCACCAAAAGUAUAUUGGAAUCUGAGUACCUCAAAGCUUCUUACAAUGGAAUACAUGGACGGUGCUUAUGUAAAUGAUGUGAAGGCCAUAAAGAAACUAGGGAUCCGUCCACAUGAACUUUCAGUAUUGGUUAGUCAAACAUUUGCUGAAAUGAUGUUCAAGCACGGGUUUGUACAUUGUGAUCCACAUGCUGCUAAUAUGUUGGUUCGCCCAUUGCCUUCCAGCAAAGCUAGCAUUCUAGGCUGGAGAAAACCACAGUUGAUUCUUUUAGACCAUGGACUCUAUAGAGAGCUUGACUUCAAUACAAGAAGUAAUUAUGCUGCACUAUGGAAGGCGUUGAUAUUUGCUGAUGCUAAGGGGAUCAAGGAAUGCAGUAUAAAGUUGGGCGUUGGGGAGGAUUUAUAUCCACUUUUUGCUGGAGUUCUAACAAUGAGACCUUGGAAUAGAGUUAUUGACCCAUCCAUGGAUCAUUUAGUUAUACAGGGAAGCGAGAGUGACCGUUCAGAACUGCAGAUGUAUGCUUCUGAAUAUUUCCAUGAAAUCUCUGAGCUUCUAAGGAGAUUACCACGUGUGAUUCUUCUAAUGAUGAAGACAAAUGACUGUUUACGAGCAGUCAACAAUACCCUGAUACAGGGAUCGUCUCUCGAGACAUUUUUUAUCAUUGGAAAGGUUUCUUCCGAGGCUGUCAUUGAGGCAAAAUUAUCACAAAGCAAGUCAGUUGUAACUUGGUUUAACAUUAAAUUGGAUAAGAUUUUGCUGGAAAUGCGGCUUUGGGCAAUGCAGACGGCCUUGUGGCUUUUACGACUGAGAAAGGCUUUGGCUUGGUCUCACUAAGUAUCAUAAAGCAAGACUUAAUCUUCCUAUUUUACUUUUUGCUACAUUUUGUUUUACUUUUUACAUUAAGAUCUUGUAUUCUUUGACGCCGUGGUCAGAAAUUCCUUCCCAAUUUGUGGCAUUGUUUGAGCACGGAUUAACAAAUUGAUUUUUAGUGCAUGGUUUUCAUGUUUGGAACCUCAAAAUCGUGUUUGGAUAAAAGAUACAAGAUUUGGAGGCUUUUCAAACCAAAAUGAAACAUGCACAUAUAGUUUAAAAGGUACAUGUAUUCAAUGAUGCAGAAUGUUGUAAAUCCCAAUUAAAAUGUGAAAAUUGCACUGAAAAAUUAUAUGAUUAUAUGGCAUGAAUAUAUAAUAUGUUUGCAAGUGUAACUAUACGAUGCAUUCAAAUAAAAUAAAACUAGUGGCCUAUUAUACAUUCUUGUAUUUUCUUUUUUCUAAUUUAGUUCUGCUAUUUGGUCUUUUGGGCUGAGACUUCCAAAGAUAUGUUUAGCUUGAUGUAUAAGAGGUUUGACACUUUUCUGGUUGUUGAUAAUUUAUUAAUGAUUUCAAGGCAAGCUAUUUUCAACCUUGCUAGUGUGAGUAUGUAUACAUUUUUAAUCCCUGAAUGAUUAUAACAGUCAUUUUGUUUUUUCA